UUCAUUCACCGCUCCACGCUCCCUCGCUCCGUCUCCCCCACGGAGGUUCCACGCGCUCCGAAUCCACUACCACCACCACCUCCAGCACCACCACCUCCACCACCUCAACCACCACCUCCACCACCACCACCUCCUGCUGCUGUUCAGGCUCUCUAGCCCAGGUGAGGUGAGGCCGCUUCGAAAACUCCCGCGGGAGGCGGCAGGAGGAGAUCCUCCCGGCCGUGAGAUGUCGCGGGGACACCCUGGCGCUGCUGCCGCUACCGGUCAGGAGCCUUGUUUUCAAGAGGACCUCCGGUCUGAAGCGGAUGAGCUCGGCUGAAGCGGAGGACCUCGGUGAAGAAGAGGAGCUUCAGUCCGAUGACGGGGAACUUCAGUCAGAUGACGGGAAGCUACAGUCAGACGAAGAGGAUAUUCGUGUUAAAGAAGAACCUUUGGAGAAUGAGAUAGAGGACCUUGAGUCCGACGACGGGAAGUUUCAGUCUGAUGAAGAGGAUAUUCGGAGUGACGAUGGGGACCUUGAUUCUGACGAAGAGGGUCUUGACGUCAAAGAAGGGCCUUUGGAGAAUGAAGACUCUCGGCCUGGCGCUUCAACGGAGAGACCCGGGAAGUCGCGGGGAGAUCCGGGAACUCCCUCGGACGUGGCGGAGAUCGAAGUGGUCCUGGAGAACAGCAGAGGUCGGAGGACUCGGACGAACGACCAGAAAUCCGGCGACGACAAGAAGCCGCUCAGUUGCCCUCUGUGCGGCAGGGCGAUGGCAUGCUUAUCGGCCCUGAAGAGGCACACGAUGACGCACACGGGGGAGAGGCCCUUCAAGUGCUCCGUGUGCGGGAACGGCUUCAGGCUCGCGUCGACCCUCAAGAGUCACAUGAUGAUCCACACGGGGGAGAAGCCAUACAAGUGUUCCCUGUGCGCUAGGGACUUCAUCCAUUCAUCGGCCCUCAAGAGGCACAUGAUGAACCACACCAACGAGAAGCCGCACAAGUGCUCGGUGUGCGGCAAGGCCUUCACCGACUCGUCGACGCUCAAGAGCCACCUCAAGAGCCACACGGGCGAGAGGCCGCACGAGUGCCCGACGUGCGGCAAGGCCUUCGCGCACCUCUCCAACUUCAGGAUUCACGUGAAGAUCCACACGGGCGAGCGGGCGCACCGCUGCCCCGUGUGCUCCAAGGGCUUCCUGGAGGCGAAGUCUCUCAAGAACCACCUGAUGACCCACACGGGCGAGAAGCCGCACAAGUGCGCCGCUUGCGGCAAGGGCUUCACGAAGCCGUCCUUCCUCAGGAACCACGAGUUGACGCACGCGGACGAGAAGCCGCACAAGUGUGACGUGUGCGGGAAGGCCUUCACCCAGCUGGCGGCCCUCAGGGUCCACGCGAUGGGCCACUCGGGAGAGAGGCCGCACAAGUGCGACGUCUGCGGGAAGGACUUUGCGUACCUGUCGGCCCUGAAGAUCCACGCGAUGAUCCACACGGGCGAGAAGCCGCACCGGUGCCCGAUAUGCGACAAGGACUUUAGGAAGUCGUCGGCCUGCAGCCGGCACAUGAAGUCGCACAGCGUGGAGAAGCCGUACAAGUGCUUCGUCUGCGGGAGGAACUUUGCGGAUCUCUCAAAUCUCAACUUCCACAUGAAGUGUCUCAAUCACUACAAAGGCGGCAGGGUGUGGGUGCUGGUCACCCACCCCCUCUGUGAGGUGAGGCCGCUUCGAAAACUCCCGCGGGAGGCGGCAGGAGGAGAUCCUCCCGGCCGUGAGAUGUCGCGGGGACACCCUGGCGCUGCUGCCGCUGGCGGAGACGUGGAGGAGGUGGAGGAGGAGGAGGAGGUGGAGGUGGUCCCUUCUCUAACCGUGGAGCCGCUCGUGAAGCGAGAGGAGCCGGGCGGUGAGACGUGGCCGCCCGUGAAGGUGGAGAGAGACGACGCUGACGACGGUCAGGAAUCUGAUUUUCGCGAAGUCCUCCGAUCUGAAGAGGUGGGGGACUUCGGCGAAGAAGAGGACCUUGACUCCGACGACGGGAACCUUCGGUCCGACGAAGAGGAUAUUCGUGUUAAAGAGGAACCUUUGGAGGAUGAGAAAGAGGGCCUUGAGUCCGACGACGGGAAGCUUCGCUCUGACCAAGAGGAUCUUCACGGCAAAGAAGGGCCUCGAGAGGUUGAGGACCUUCCUGCUGGCGCUUCAACGGAGAGACCCGGGAAGUCGCGGGGAGAUCCGGGGACUCCGUCGGACGUGGCGGAGAUCGAGGUGGUCCUGGAGAACAGCAGGGGCCGGAGGAACCGGACGGACGGCCGGAAAUCCGGCGACGACAAGAAGCCGCUCAGCUGCCCUCUGUGCGGCAGGGCGAUGGCGUGCUUAUCGGCCCUGAAGAGGCACACGAUGACGCACACGGGGGAGAGGCCCUUCAAGUGCUCCGUGUGCGGGAACGGCUUCAGGCUCGCGUCGACCCUCAAGAGUCACAUGAUGAUCCACACGGGGGAGAAGCCGUACAAGUGUUCCCUGUGCGCCAAGGACUUCAUCCACUCUUUGGCCCUCAAGAGGCACAUGAUGAACCACACCAACGAGAAGCCGCACAAGUGCCCGACGUGCGGCAAGGCCUUCACGGACUCGUCGACGCUCAAGAGCCACGCAAGGAUCCACACGGGCGAGAGGCCGCACGAGUGCCCGACGUGCGGCAAGACCUUCGGGCACCUCUCCAACUUCAGGAGCCACGUGAAGAUCCACACGGGCGAGCGGGCGCACCGCUGCCCCGUGUGCUCCAAGGGCUUCCUGGAGGCGAAGUCUCUCAAGAACCACCUGAUGACCCACACGGGCGAGAAGCCGCACAAGUGCGAACUCUGCGAGAAGGAGUUUGUACAGCCGUCGGCCCUGAAGGUCCACGCGAUGAUCCACACGGGCGAGAAGCCGCACCGGUGCCCGAUAUGCGAGAAGGACUUCAGAAAUUCGUCGGCCUGCAACAGGCACAUCAAGUCGCACAGCGUCGAGAAGCCGUACAAGUGCUUCGUCUGCGGGAGGAACUUUGCGGAUCUCUCAAAUCUCAACUUCCACAUGAAGUGUCUCAAUCACUGAGUCCGUGUUAGCCAAGGUACCGGCACGUGUGCACGUACGUUGAACUUAUUUCGCACAGUACGCAGCCAACCGCGGCUUAUCGGAGGCGCUGGGGCAAGGACAACAAACUAAACACAAUGACAACAUCGACAAGCGGUUCUAAAGAUGUUAGUUUUGUCAAUGUGGAUGAUUUAAAAGUACAGCGUAGCUCCCAGCGGCUCCCUGAUAUUGGUAAGGAAGAGCGUUCCAGACUGCCAGUGGCGGCAGCAGCAGCCGCAUCUCAAAGCGCCGCGCGAUGAUGCGGUGGCCGCCAUCUUUGUUCGAUGGCCAACCAGAGCCUGCUGCCGCUGCGAGGAUGACUGUUAUGCAGCGCGUUGUACCCUCGCGCAAACAGAUGCACCGGUCAACACACCCACAACAUCGCUUGUGACGCGGCCCCCGUAGGUUCGUUGACCUUGUUAAUGUUUGUCCUUCAAGCCACUACUUUUGCUCGUACAUCUGACCCAUUCUGUUCCGUUGCUGCUGUUGCUGCUGCAGCCCGUUCGUGAUGCGUAGUCAGCGACAGGGCCCGCUUGCUGCCUCCAAACGCGCGACCUCUGUUGCGACAGCGAUCAGCAUAAACCGCUCUUGCAGCCAUCCCAGUAACCGGUGUCUCGAGUGACUUGUUUGAUCCAUGGAUUACAGGGGGGUGGGGGGGACGACCAUGGGGAUAGUGGCGGUGCCAAUAAUUUGUGCGUACGUAUGUUGAACUUACGGAAUGUUCGUAAGUGCGGAAUGUUCGUAAGUAAGGAACGUUUUUGGGUGAGGAAUGAUCGUAAGUGUGGAACGUUCGUAAGUGAGGAACGUUCGUAAGUGUGGAAUGAUUGUAAGUAAGGAACGUUCCAAGAAGAAUCGGCCAAAACCCUCGGCAGUGGGACGCAGCUACACGUUGACACGGAGAGGUCGUUCAGAUAAUAAUGCGUCAUCGGUUGUACGUUCGUGUGUGUGUGUGUGUUGAACUUGAUCCCUCGAUUUAAGAACGAAACAGGAGGAGGAUUUCUACACAAAUCUGGCUGUCGCCUGAUGAUGCCGGUUGUAAUUACUGGCGAAACGUCACGGGACUCAGAUUGUAAAUGUUGUGGGUUUACUCUCCAACACACCGGUUUAGUGCUGUACUGGUACACUACACUAUACACUACACUAUACGAUACACUAUACACUACACACUACACUAGUUCUGUACUGGUAUACUACACUAUACACUAUACGAUACACUAUACACUACACUAUACACUACACUAGUGCUUUACUAGUAACGAAUUGGCACGCUCUGUUUACGUAAAACAACCCUCUUACUCGUUGGCUGUGUCGGACGGUGGCGGGUUUAACGACACGUUUGUAUUUACGCGAUGUAACCCAACGAAAACCUCUUAUGGAUAAUGUUGAUCGCGAAAGCGUACGCGUUGAAGUGGUGUUGAACUUCUCAUACCGUGUCAACCCAUACGGACUUACCCCGUAUUCUUGCACAGGAAAAUUAAGUUAUCAGGCCCAUUCGGCGUUCAGAUAAUCGUCAUGCUGAGACACAAAGAUAAAGAUCCCCCAUAUAGCCUUAACAGACUGUUGGGGCAAGUGUUGUUAGCGAGCAGCACCUAUGAAGGCUACCGGCAUUGUGGCACACACAGAGGGGUCGGUGGGUGGCUAGCACCACCACGCCCGGCCGCCUUUGUCUCCCUCAGUGAUGAUGCCUACUACACUACACCAGGUAACUCAUUUGAGGCUGAGUCUACCUCGGGAGCCGCACGAGUUUGUAGGGCAGCGUAGCGGUCUAAGGGGCCGUCAAUAAAUGACGUCACGCGAUUUUGGAUGAUUUUUGACCCCGCCCCCCCUCGUCACACGGCGUCACAAAACGUCAGAUCCCCCCCUCAAAUAUGACGCCACAAAGCUUUGCCCCCUCCCCCCAAAAUAAAACAUACUUCGCUUUAAA